AUGCGUGUUGAUGUUUUAGGGUUUAGAGACACUCCUGGAGGAGCUUUCCAAAAACGCGGUGGUCCUAUCGUGCGAGUCCGUUAUCGAAGUUAUUUGUUUGAUUUGAUGAAUAUCACAGAGUUGUUCAUAGGUGUAGUGAUUGAAACUCGUGCCUGGGAAGUUCUUGAAGCUACUUUGGUGCCAAUUUUCUUAAGAUCAGUUGGUCAUUCCAUGGGUAUGCUUCAUAAUGAUGACUUGGAUUUUUAUGAAUGGAGUAGCAAUUUGUCUCACCAAGACUCGCCUGAUGUCAUGAUUGAUCCACUAUUGGAUAAGGAGCUAUUACUGUCUCCGUCAAGUUUCAAAUUGCCAACAUCUUGUAAUGUUCUGACUGUAAUUGUGGAAGCUGCCCUUCAGUAUAUGCAAAUAGAUACACUCCCUAAAUCAGCAGAAAGAAAAGGGUGCAUUGCAGAUAAAUUUGUUAAAGUUUUGACUUGGGAAUUAUGUAAUAUGUUUGAGCGGAUGCUUUUACAUAGUCCAGAGCACAGGUCUUGCGUAGUUGGCCUUCUUCUUCCUAUCAUUCUUAAAGCAUUGCCUGCAAAUUGCUCAUUUGAAAUCUCAAUUCGUGGGAGGAAACACGGGUUUUCUUGGGAGUAUUUCUUCAUCAAACUCUGGAACUGUUAUAGAACACUGUUUUCAAUUGGGCCAUUAGAGAGAAGAGAGGCAUAUAAUAUGCUAUCUUUGUAUUUUUCUUUUUCCUGGUCUAAAGAAGAAUGUGAAGAUGCUGAUAGUGGUACAAUCAUUAAAACUGACAAAUUUGACAUAAGAGUAGAAAAACAGUUUUGGGAUGAAAUAAAGAUUGGGCUGGUUAAGAUUUUUGAGUGA